UCAUCACCGCCCAAAUAAAUAAGCUUCAUCCCCGUCAUCGCGCGAACACCCGUCAAGCCCCUUUUCAAUCUUGUGACUUUCAGUGCAAGGCGACCGACAAACGAAAUAUUCCAGUUAUCACCCCCAAGAACUCAACAUCGACGGCGUGCAGCUUAAACUUAUUAUCAAUUGCCCAUCAUGACUUCCGCAGACGAGGACCUGAUGCCAGAGUCGACCUCUGGCUACAAGCUCUCCCAGCCUAAACAGAGUCUGGCUGAGUAUAAUAAGAUGGAUGAGAACGAUGAGUCUCUUCAGCGCUACAAGAGGUCUCUCGGCCUCGCCGAGAAGGAUCUCUCGGACCCCAACGACCCGCGCGUCUGCAUCAUCCAGUCGCUUACUAUGGAGUCGCCCGGUCGCGACCCAGUUGUGAUCGACCUUACCGCUCCCGGUAGCCUCGAGAACCUCAAGAAGCAGCCCUUCAAAAUCAAGGAGGGUGCCACCUUCACCAUGAGCGCGCAGUUCAAAGUUCAGCACGAAAUUCUUAGCGGCCUGCACUAUGUGCAGGUGAUCAAGCGCAAGGGCAUCCGUAUUCCGGGCGGCAAGACCAGCGAGAUGAUUGGCAGCUAUGCUCCCAACACGGAGAAGCAGCCCAUCUAUACCAAGAAAUUUGCCGAGGAGACUGCCCCCUCGGGCUGGGCCGUUCGUGGUCGGUACGAUGUCAGCUCUAGCUUCGUCGACGACGACAAGAAAACCCACCUGCAGUUCGACUGGACCUUCGAGAUCGACAAGGACUGGUGAUCCAGCCUACUUCACAACUCCCCGCCCGGUCUGGCAUGAAAAAGGAACAGGCAGCUUUUCACUCGGCAAUCACGGCUUUGCUUUCGCGGCACCUUCUGCGGAGGGUUCCUGAUGGUUUUCCUCGCUCAACC